AGUUUCGUGAUAGUUCGUCUGUGAGGCUGCCAGAGUGGCUUCGCGGAAGUCAUUCUGGAAGAUGGCGUUGGCCGAGGCCGGUGCUCGGUUGCCGGAGGGUGCGACCGGGGAACGCGUGGAUCCGCUUUCUCGCUUCACUUGCCCGGUGUGCCUGGAGGUGUUUGAGAGCCCCGUGCGGGCGCCUUGCGGUCAUAUUUUUUGCAUGCCGUGCAUUCAAGAAUGUCUUAAGCCUAAAAAGCCUGUUUGUGGAGUUUGCCGCAGUACCCUGUCUCAUGGCAGCAGAGCUCUGGAUUUGGAAAAGCAAAUUGAAAUGACAGAGACUACUUGCAAUGGCUGCAAUCAAAAAAUGUAUCUCUCAAAGCUGCGAAGUCAUGUAGCUACUUGCUCAAAGUACCAGAAUUACAUAAUGGAAGGUGUUAAAGCUGUGACUAAAGAACCAUUACAGAAUACCAGGAGUGUCCCCAAUAGAUUUACAUUUCCUUGCCCUUAUUGUAAUGAAAAAAACUUGGACCAAGAAGGACUGGUAGAACACUGCAAAAGCUAUCAUAGUAACGAUCCAAAGCGAGUGGUUUGCCCAAUCUGUGCAUCGAUGCCCUGGGGAGAUCCACAUUAUAGAAGCGCUAACUUCAUGGAACAUCUUCAGCGACGCCAUCAGUUUUCAUACGAUACAUUUGUGGAUUAUGAUGCUGAUGAAGAUGAUAUGAUGGCCCAAGUCCUAUUGCGCUCCUUGAGGGAUCAAUGAAAAAAGCAAGAAGUACUCUUAAUACUUGGCUUCCAUUGGUGAGAAAAGACCACAGACAUGACUUCCUCCAAGAUGCUUUGGCACACAUAAACUUAAACUGAAGGCUCUCCCAUGGUUCUUAUUCCUGUCUUCAUAUUUCUAAUUUUGGUUUUUUCUAAUGGACUUUCUGUUGAAGUUCAUCUUCUCCAAGGUCCUUUUUUUUUACUCAUUUCUGGAUGUUUUUUUCUUAUAUCUGUUUCAGAUUUGAAUGCUUGUAGUCAGGAGACUACAAAUAUUUCUAAUGUAUUAGCACCUUUAUUUUAAUUAGUGUUAUUAUAUUGUUUGACAUAGAUCAUCAGUUAGAAGCCCAGGUUUCCUAAAUACUUAACUCUGGUUAUUAGAUUCAGAUAUCAGUCCAAAUGCAGGAUUUCGUUUCUAAUAAAUUAGGAAUCUGAUACCUACUUUUGCAAAGCUGGAUUUGGUAUCAGCCUUCAGCAAUAUGUAAAGCCCUGGUUGGAAAUUCCUAUAUAGUAAGCCAUUGUUUUUUUUCCUGACUGUACAAUAGUUAAGGGUGAUGUUUAUCUUAAUACAUAUUUUGACUCUGAACAUUUAUGCAGAGUUGAGAUAGAGACUAUGAAGAGAUCAUUGUAUGGUUCCUGAAUGAUGAAUAAUUCAAGGUUCAUAUUUCAUUUCCAGCUUCCUAAAGCUGAUUACAUCUUUAUAUAUUUCUACCUCUAUGCCUAGAAUUCAGAACAAUCUGAUAGCAACAAUAGUGCAGACUUAACAUCUGGUUCUUUAGACAUAACAAAUAUUAAAGCCUCUUACGCUUCGUGAAAACUCUGCUGUCUAAUGCAGAAAUUUGUUUGUUCAUAAGUGAGGCUUCCAUGCAGACCAUGGAUAUUUCAUUUACUUAACAAAUCAUGCCAUACAAAUUGCCACAUCCUGAAUUCAGAGGCUGCUGUGAACCCUUGUCAUACAGGUUAAUUCCAGUUCUGAUACUCACACAUGGUCUUGAAUUUUUAAGAUAAUAGAUUUUAUUUUGCUUAUGUGUUGAUUGAGGUCAAAUAUGGCAAACAGGGAUAAUACCAACUAGCCCUGAUAUGUAAUUGUAAAGAUCUGUGUCUUUACAAUGGAGCUACAGACUGACUAUAUGUACCUGGGAGCCCCGAUCUUAAGACAAAAUGUGUGUACGUAUUGCUUCACUGUCUCCAGAGGAGAACUUGCAGGUGGAUUUCUACUCCAUCACGUUUACUGAGAGUACUAAUAAAUGGAAUAAGAUUGCUAUGGUGAAGUGACUUACAAGAUUUUGCUGGGAUAUGGUGAUUGCUUUUGAAUGUAUUACAGUGUUUGGAGAUUAGUCCCAAGUAAUUUAAAUUUUUAAUUUUAGGGCGGCACAAGCAAGACAUGUUCUGAAUUAAAAACUACAAUGCCCAUAAGUGGCAAGUAUGUAUAAGACCUGAGCUAGAUGAUGGAUGCUUUUGUUACAUAAUUAAAUGCAUUCAAUGGCAGCUUUUUGCACUAAGUAGAUGUGAUGCUGACCUUGAGUGUACACUGACCAGAAAAAGAUUGAUUCAUAUACAUUUGGCUCAGGAUUCAUGUGGUAUUGAUCUGAAGCUUAAAUGUGUAUGUGAGAAAGACCUCCUGGAAGACCAUUCCUUUAAAUUUAGUUGAUGGACAAGAGCCAGUAAUGACAUAGCAUAUCUGGCAUGGGUAUCUUGAUUUAACUGCCAAUUGCUCAUGCUGCCUUCUAGACAGAACUGUUUAAUUUAUGCUUCAGCACUGACUAAUAAGUCUUCGGUGGCUAGGAUUUUGGGAGUUUCCACUGGAUCAUUUAGUGAUUGUUCUGGUGAGGUUGAUCAAGAAAUAAAGAGUGCCUGGGUUAUCAUGGGCCUUCUUCAAGUUACCUCUUCCAACAGCCGACCUUUGUGUGCUCCUCCCAAUCUUGAAAUGACCCCUGAUGGAGCCAGAAGGGAAAGCUGACCAUAUAUAGAUACCCCAAAGUGCCUUCUGCAUGCAUGUGAGCUCCUUGGGUCCAGGCCAGUGUCUUUCAGUAUUUGAACAAGUAGAAACAUUUCUGCCAGUCACUUGCGGAAUUCACAGGAGCAAGGUUUCCUGAUCCUUGAAAGUACUUUUUCCCCCUUGUAUUCUAAGUGCACUUCUAGUGUUUUAACAAAAUUUUAGGAGUUCAAAUUUGUCUUUUAAAUAAAGUAAAUUAAUUUAGUUGAUAAAAUGUACAGAAUUUUUUCCUUGUUAUAGAAGUUCCAAAGCUGUUGUUUGAACUAGAUUAAUAAACUGAAUAGUAAAUUGCAUUCUCCCAGCUUUUGCCCUAUCUCUUCUGUUUACUGUGAAGUGAUGCUGGCAUAUAAUGGGGUUGAAUUCAGCAAUCAUUUUAAACUAAAUCUGCUUCAGUAUUGCCCCACUUAUACAUUCUACUGUGCAGCUGCAAAGUGGAUCAGCGUAAAUUAAACUCUUGGUUUGGAUGAAACCUAUACUUCAGCAGAACAAUUCACUGAAUUCAUAUCUGAACUACCCAAGGAUGCAUUAAUGAUAUGGAGUGACGUAUCAUUUUCUGCAGACACAACGCACUCACACAGCCCUUUUCUCAGCCUCUCAUUUGGGAAAAUUCCACAAGAUUGAGAGGGAUGCAAUUUUGUGAGUCAUGGUUCCAGCUGAUUGGUUUUAACUGGGCUUCCUAAGCAAUUGUCUUCAAAAAUGGAUGGCAGGGCUUUUGUAGAGUUCAGUUAUUUUUCCUAGUGGUUUUUUUGUGUGUGUGUCUUGGGAAUUACAGGUGUUCUCUCCAAGAACCCACAGAAUGAAUUGUUAGGAGGAAUCUUCCAAAUCUGAAAGAAUGUGGUAUCAUGUGACUGGGAAAUGCUGGCUGUUAAAAUUAUUCUACCUUUGCCAUUCUUUGUAUCGCCAAGUCACCCACUCUGGCCCUAUUGCACUUCCUGUUGUCCUUUUCAAUUCUGUAGAAAGUCAAGGUUUUGAAAUUAUUUUGCAUUAACUAACUUUUGUCUUCCUAUUUAGAAAUGGGCAAUUAAAAAAAGGAAAAUGUAGCUCAGAGCUGAAAUGGGGAGUCAUUGGUGCUCUCUGAGUUUGGUUGUUUUUUUGGCAGACACCUUAUUAUGCAAACUAGGUAACAACAUCAAGUUCUGCAAAAAUCCCUAUGCAUAAAUGUUGGGUGGAAGAUUCCUUUCUAGUGGAAGAAGUUUUCAAACUUUCUCAAGGUCAUCAAAACUUUCUCAAGGUCAUCAAACUUUCUCAAGGUAUUAUCCCUCAGUAAUAAUAAUAGCAUUACUACCAACCCAUCUAUUCAUUGCCAAGAUUGAGGUUUCCUCAUGUUCUUUUCCUGUUUAUUUGGAAAUUGAGGAUUCAUGAAGGCUGUAGUCCUAAGGAGAUAUUGUUGUAGGAUGGUAGACCUUCACAGGCAUUCCUAGAUAGUCUUUUAACUUCACUGAAGUUAUUUGGGAGAAGUACAUUCAUCAACUUUAAUGAGAACUUGUACUGCCUAAUUGCACAUUCUAUAACUGCUGGAAAGAACUGGCCAGGCUUCUCAUUUAAUUCAUAUUGGAACUGGCUGUAUUGGUCAUAUUUCAAUGUGUGUCCGAUUUUAUAGCCACAAUCUUUCAAAUUCCCAGGACAUUUAUGAUAUUGAGAUUAGUUUCCCAUCUUCCAGUAAGUGAGUAGCAAAAGGAAAUGCCCAGACUGAAAUUUGGUGAGCAUUGAUGUGUCAAUUCCAUUGGUAUAUGCAACCCCUCCACCCUUUGUGUUCUGAAUCUGGGGGAUUCUAGAGCACCAAUGCAAAGGAUUUGUGGGAGAGGAGACAGUGCAAUAAUAAUUGAAGUCAGUCUCUGGAUUUAUUCCAUGAGGUUAAGGCCUAUUUGUGUAAUUUAUAUAAAAAUGGCAUUGCAAUAAAUAUUGUUCCACCAAACCACAUGCCAUAACAAUAAAAAUAUUAAGAUACCCCAAGAUUUUUUCUUCUGUUUGGUACAGUUGCCAUUUUUUGAACAUGUCUCUUAUUUCAUUGUCAUAUUAAAAAAAUACUAACAUCUGGACAGAAGAGAGCGCUCUUGCAAUUCUUUAGAACUGUAGUUGUCAGGUGUAUGGUAUGUGUAUCGUGGUUAUUGUCGUCUUAGCAUUGUUUGUUCAACAAUAUUUGUUUAAUAAAACAGAUGUCCCCAAAAAGACAUCUUACCACAGCUACAGUUAAUCCUAUAUUAUGGAUCAUGCUGAUAAAUAUUUUAAUGAUCCUUUCUUGAUUUUCUUCCUUUUCUUCUGUUUCCGUACCAAAUGUUUGUAUUCAACCCAGGUUGGUAUAAAUUCAGAAGUCAAAAAUGACCUUCAGUAAUCUAGUAUGAUAUGGUACUUAAGAUUCACGUUCAAGUCCACCUGUUGGGAUUACUUUGGACCUGUUGCUAUUCUUUUGCCUUUGUGAUGAG